AUGUCAGCACUCAAACAAGUUAAAAUUGCUGCCUUGUUGCUCAAUCUCUUAAUUAUUAGUUGGUGUUUGAAUGUUUUUGGAGCGAUUAAUAGGUUUUCUGCAACUCCAAAGAUAUUCAAUUUUGGUGGAGGAAAUACAAUUGGUGAUGGUUCGGAUGCUAGUUUAGCUGUUUUGCAAUCACCAUUAUCUCUAUUUACUGACUCUUAUGAAAGUGGAGGUGAUUUAUUUAUUGUAGAAUCGAAUAGAAUAAGAAGAAUCUUUUCCUCCAAUAAUACAAUUGUAACCAUAGCAGGAAAUGGAUAUUCUGGCUAUACAGGAGAAGGAUAUCUUGCUCUUGAAUCUAGAUUAUCCACUCCUAGUUCUGUUUUUGUUAAAUCCAAUGAAAUUUACUUUACCACAUUGGACAGAAUUAGAAAAAUUGAUUCUAAAGGUUAUGUCACAACAAUUACAGGAAAUGGAAUUCAACAAUUAGGUCAGAAUGGUGUAUUUGCCAAUAUUUCUUCGGUAAAUAUACCUUCCUCCUUGAUAGUUUCAGAUGAAAAUGAAAUAUUCUUUGCUGACACUUUCAAUUAUCAAAUUAGGAAAAUAUCUGAUGGAAUUAUUUCAACAAUUUGUGGAAUUGGAGAAAGUGGAUAUGGUGGAGAUGAUCCAAUAUUAGCCGUAGAUUCUCCGAUUGGAUUAGUCACAGGAAUGGCUUUAGAUUUUGAAAAUCGACUCCUCUAUUAUGUUGAUUAUGAUAAUAGACGAAUCAAAAUGAUUAAUCUCAAUGAUGAAAUGCUCUAUACACAUGUUGGCGCAGGCUCCUUAUUUGAUGAUAAUGCUAAUCGAAAUGAAACUCAAUUAUCUUCUCCACACUCAAUUGCCUUCUCAUCCUAUUCGGGUGCUCUCUAUUAUUCUGAAAUUGCUAGUAAUUACUCAGUGAUUAGACGAGUUUAUCAAGAUGUGGUCAAUACGGUGGUUGGUUCUGGAAAUUCUGGUUUCUCUGCUGAUGGAUCCUUUGCUACUAUUGCACAAAUUAACAAACCAAAAAGUAUUUGCAUUACCAGUGAUGAGGAUAUCAUUUUCAUUGACAGUGGAAAUAACAGAAUACGAAAGGUGCUUCACUCCAAUGAAACUUUGAUAACCAUUUCUGGACAGAAUACUUCCUUCAAAGCACCUUUCACAACUCCCAUUCAAUACUCUCAAUUAUACAAUCCAACGAGGAUAAAACUAUAUGAGAACAAGACAAUCAUCACCGAAUCAACAAUUGUAAGACAAGUGGUGAAUGGAGUAAUUUCAAUUGUAGCAGGUGUAUAUGGUAGCUUUGGAGUUGCACAAGAAGGUGCUUUGGCAACAAGCUCCUAUUUGAGCUUUCCUAGAAGUGCUGCAUUAGAUCUUAAUGGCAAUAUUCUCAUAGCUGAUUUCAAUAAUGGUAAAAUCAAAUUAAUUACCAAUAGCAAAUCGUACACCUUUGCUGGAAGUAAGGCGACCUUUGGUCAAGAAAAUGUGAUUGGAACGGCCACAAGAUUGUAUAAUGGAUGUGGUUUCUCCUACUAUAAUGGAGAAUUCUAUUGGAAUGAUAGUGGAAAUUGCAGAGUUCUCAAAUUGGGAACUGAUGGAAUAGUUAGAAGAAUUGCUGGCAUAACAGGUAUAUGUGGCUUUUCAGGGGAUGGUGGUUUGGCCACCAAUGCUCUAAUGGGAGUUUCAUGGGGAUUGAGUGUCUCACCAAGUGGUGAUAUUUAUGUUGCUGAAUCUAUUAAUUCUAGAAUAAGAAAGAUUUCGAAUGGUAUCAUUACAACUGUUGCUGGAACAUCAGUGGCUGGAUACAAUGGAGAUGAUAUUGCUGCCACAAGUGCAAGCCUUAAUGGCCCUCCUGCAGUCUUUGCUACCAGCACUGCAUACUAUUUGGCUGAUGCUGGAAACCGUAGAGUUAGAAAAGUUUCAUACAGCACUGGAAUAAUUACAACCAUUGCUGGAAAUGGAGCUAGUGGAUCUUCUGAGGAGAAUAUUAAUGCCACAAGUGCAAUUAUUGGUACAAGCUCCCCAAGAGCUCUUUGGGUUAGCAAUGACGAUUCUGUCUAUUAUGCAGAUGUUUCAAAUGGAAAGACAAGAGUUGUAACUAAUGGAAUAGUUUCGACCAUCGCUGGAACUGGAGUGUUGGGCUAUUCAGGAGAUGGUGGUUUGGCAACCAAUGCCAAUUUUAGAUGGAUAUAUGGCUUGUGGAUGGUUGGUUCUGACUUAUAUAUUGCUGACAGUACUAAUAAUGUUAUAAGAAAGCUGUCGAAUAAUAUUGUAACCACAGUGGCAGGAACUGGAAAUGCUAACUUCAAUGGAGAUGGUAUACCAGCUCUCUCUGCAAAUAUUAACACUGCCAAUCAAGUAAUUAUUCAUCCACAAACAUCUGAAAUGUUCAUUCUCUCAUCAGAUAGAAUCAGAAAGGUCAACACCAAUGGCACCAUUUCCACAGUGGUUGGAGGUAUUGGUGAUGGGGCUCAGGCCAUAUAUGCACUCAUUAAUCCAACAGAUAUUCAUGUCACCAAUAAUGGUACAAUCUAUCUCACAGAUUCAUUAAAUCAUUGCAUUAGAAUGAUUACAAGUGAUGGAGUUAUUUCACUUGUUGCUGGUUCUUACUAUGGUGGUUUUGGAGGUGAUAAUGGACCUGCUGCUAACGCUGUUUUGAAUAGUCCAGAAUCUCUAUUUGUAAAUUCGAAGGGUGAAAUUUACGUUUCAGAUACAGUCAACCAUCGAGUAAGAAAAAUUGAUUUGAAUGGAACCAUUACCACAGUUGCUGGGAGUGGUUUGGCUGGUUUCUAUGGAGAUGGUGGAUUGGCUACAAAUGCUAAAUUGAGUUAUCCUAUGGGAAUUUACGUAUCCAAAAAUGGUGACAUUUAUAUUGCUGAUUAUGGCAAUCAUAGAAUUCGAAAGGUUUUCAGUAAUGGAACAAUCACCACUAUAGCUGGAACUGGAAGCAUAAAUUAUAAUGGAGAUAUUCAGGAGGCAACUUUAACAACUCUUAAUUCACCAAGAGGAGUUUACAUGUCACCAAAUGAAGAUGAAAUUUACAUUGCCGAUUCGGGAAAUAACUUGAUUAGAAAAAUCAAACUUGAUUGUCCAUCAGAUUAUGAAUUGGACAAGAGAUUGGGAGAGUGUGUGCAAAUUGUCAAGUGUUUUGGUAUUUUGGCCACCGACAACUCAGUUUGUUCUGGAAAUGGACAAUGUGUCGAUGGAAGCUGUAUCUGUAACAACCAAACCUUUACAGGGCCUAACUGCUCUAGUAUCACUUGUUUUGGAAAAGUACCUUCAGAUUUGAUGGUUUGUAGUGGAAAUGGUCAAUGCGUUACAGCAAAUAAUUGCUCAUGCCUUUCUGGUUAUGUUGGGAAUGAAUGUCAAGCGAAUCUGAAUCCAUUCUCCAUCGAAUUGUUGAGAAAUGAAACUAUUUCCAAUAAUUAUAGUUAUCAGAUUAAGGAUAAUGGAUUGAAUAUGACAAAUUAUUAUUGGACAUGCCAGAAUUGGGAUCCAAAUAUUUCAAUUUCAACAAGUGGAAGGAAUGCAUUCGUAACUUUCAGUUCAGCUUACUCUAAAGUGUAUCUGUUGUCGGUUUAUGCUUCAAUUCCCAAUUUCAGCCCAUAUCCUCCAAGAAUUUCGAAUACUAUCCUGUUCACUAUUAUUUCCCCUAAUGUUACCAUUCAGCCAAGUUUCAAUCAAACAACCAAUGAAACUCUACAAAAUAACCAGACAGUGAACUCAAACCAAACAACAAACAAUUCAUCCAUUCCCGUUCAAAAUAAUCAAACAAUAGCAAACGAAACAUCCACUAAUUCAAACAGUACUGAUACCAAAAGCGUUAAUAUUUCAGGAAAGUUGGGAGUUUUUGGUCUUCCCUCGGUUUUGGUUUCAAAACAGAUUGACGUUUCAGCAGUAAUUUCUAAUAUUUCACUGAACCAAACUUCUAUCAAUUCGUUCCUAUCAUGCACUCCUAAUUGUACAUUAAAAAUUUCAUAUGAAUGGAAAAUCAAUAUUGAUAACAACCAAGCAGCCAAUCAAACUGGUUUUACCACUUCCAUUUCUUUAGGUAAUAAUUUGAUGAGCUUUAAUCCACCAAUUCAAAUCCAAUUCAGUACAAGUAAUGUAAAAGGAGAGAAAUUCACACUUUCCCUUGCCCUUUUUUCAAACAAUGGAAAUAUUUCAUCGAGUACAAGUAUGGAUAUCGUUACCCCAGUCCAACCACCAACAGCAUCUAAUUCCACAACUUCAAAAUCAUCAAAUUAUUUAAUGAGUGUCAAUCCAGAGAAGGGAGUUGCCCUGAGUGACUCAUUUUCAGUUAGUGUCGCAUCAUGGAAUGCACCAUCACAAAUUCUUCCUCUCAAAUAUGCUAUUGGAUUUGUUUCUAAUGGAAAGGACGUGAGAUUUACAGAUUAUGCACAAACUACUUUGUUCAAUAUUUACCUUCCUUACUUGAUCCAACAAUCCAGGGGUCAAGUUUCAGAAAUUCAACUCUAUCUCUAUGUUAUGGAUGCAAUUGGAAAUGUUGUAACAUCUCCAACUGGACUCUCCAUUUCAGUUUCUCCUUUUAAUGGAACUUCUAGUGAAUUGGUCCAAAAAAUCAACGAGCUUGGCACUACUUCACUAGUAGUUGCAUCCUAUGAUAAAUCCUAUACAGUUCUCUCAAGUAGUGGAGGAAAUUCAAGUGAGUUAGUGUAUGAAAUUGUGAAAAAUAUUCAAAUUGAUCCAAAGAAUCCAGAAACUGCCCUCACAUCCAUCACCAGUCUUACAUCCACUACGAGUGUAAUUAAUGAAAAUAUUGUGAGUGAAGUAGCAAGUAAGAUCACCUCGUUUGUUGAUAAUGUGAAAGAUAUCUAUGCAUACGAAAAGAGAGUAUAUGGAUUUGUCAAAAGCAAGGUUUCACCUGACAAUAUUCUCUCUACUGUGACUAUUACUUCCAACCUAUUAGCAAGUGGAGUUGAUAGCGAGAAAACUGUUGGCGUAGUUGAUAAUGUUGCCUCAAUGGUAUUGUUAGCAGAAAUUCCAAAACUUCUCACAAGCUCUGAAAAGCUCCAAUACAUCUCAUUCACAACUGGUAUGGUGAAUAUUACAGUUUCUAGUUUCAAGAUGACCUCUCCAAUAGAGGGUAAUCAACUAAUCGAGGAGGAGAACAAUAAGGUAUCUGCAAAUUUGACAAGUAUCAUGAUGGAAUAUGGAACCUUAAAUAAGGAGUGUGGUCUAUCGAUGGUCUCCUACACAAAGAACAUGAAGUUUGACAAUUACACAUCAAAUACUAUUCAUGCUUCGAGUAUUAACGAUUUCAAAUUCAUUCAAGAGCAAAAUAUUGUACGACUCGAUAAUCUCGAGCAUCCAAUUGUGCUAUCAUUCAAAUUAUCUCAUAUUCCACAACAAAACAGUUCAGUAAAUUCCACAUUCUCCUGCAGAUAUUGGGAUGAAACUAAUAAGAUAUGGAGCGAUAGAGGUUGUCAACUUUCCAAUAUUGACCUGAAUGCUGGCACAGUAGAAUGUUCAUGCAGCCAUACUACAAUGUUCACAACAUUUGUAGAACAAAAGACUACCAGUAUUAUGAUAGCAAUGAAAGAAGAAGUUGCAACAUUAUAUUUUGUACAAAUAGCUCUUGGUGCUGUUUAUACUAUUGUUGCUUUGGUAAUUAUUACUGGUUUGAUAAUAUUGAGAAAGGAGCAACCAGUAACAAGUAGACUUAUCACCCCAUAUGUAGGAAUGGUGGCUCUCAUUGCAGAGAGUGUGUUGAUUUACAUUGUCCAAAGAAGUGUCCUUGUGAGUCAGCUCCUUUCCACAACAGAUCCCAAAGUAUGGGAAGUUGGUGAUAAUGCUGCCAAUAUUAUUGCAAACAGUGUUGCCAUUGUUGUGAAUACUUUGAAUUUGACUGCUACAUUGUGCUAUGUGAUGCAAGUUUCCAGAUUCCAAUUCCUUAAACAUUUGUACAAGCUCUUGUCCGAUAAUAGAUCAGAUAUGGCAAAGAAUGCCAAGAUUUUGAAAGUCCUCAAAUUGAUAACCUCUCAGAAAAUAUUCUUUUCAAUUAUUGCAAUCUUUGCCGUGUUGAAUGUUUGUUUCUGGACUCUUUGGGUUGUUCUAGUAAGGACACAAGUCAUUGAUGCCUCUACCUAUACCUAUAUUGUAUCAUCUUGUUACAUUACUUGUAUUCUCUUCUUUGGAGCAGUUAUUUGCAUUGUAGCCAUUGCUGAUUGGAUUAUUUCCACCAAGAAACACGUAACAGCAGGUCAGGAAAGAAAGAGAAAGACUGUCAGUUUCACCACUCUCAGCUCUGAACCACGAGAAUCCAUCAAGAAGCGACUCUUCUCUCCAAAACAACUCUACGAAUGGUUAAUUCAAGUUGAUGAACCACUCUAUUUCCGAUUCGAAAUGCUCCUCUACAUGAUUUGCUUUGUCUUCCAAGUGUUAAAUCUUGCCAUUGGCUCCUCCAGUCUUUCCUACCGAUAUGCUGACUUGGAUUCAUACAAGAAAGCACUUGCUCUCGAUGGAAUCUCCUUCAUCUUUGAAGUACUCUAUGUGGUGAGUUACUUGUUUGUGUUUGGUGGUUUUGCUCUCUUGAUUGCCAUAUUGUACAAGUACAAGAAGAAGAAACAACAUGAUGAAGCCUCUACUUUUCUCAUCAACAAAUUGAAUGGUGGCAACAAUAACAAGGUCGACGAAGGAAUCAUGAGUGAGGAGAUGAGGGAUGUGCUAGAUAAGAACGAAGGCUAUCUAUUAUUCGAAGCCUUCUGUGAGAAGGAAUUCUCUCUAGAAAACCUCUACUUGUACUCUGACUUGAAAGCCAAUGAAACCAUCACCAAAGGAAGACAAUUCACCAACCUAACAACCUUCAUGAGAUUCAUCUUUAAUAACUACAUCCGAACAGGAAGCACCACAGAAGUGAAUAUACCAGCCAAGUGUAGGAAUAACUUUUUACUUGUCUAUAAGAAUGUAGCAUCAAGUAGUGAACAUAUGCAACAACAAUUGGGAAUUGCUGAGAAGGUGAGUAGGAGUGAGGUGGAAAGACUCGAUAGGAAUCUACAGGUGGUUAUCAAGAAUGAUCAAGUAGCUACUUUAUCAACUAAAACAACAACUACAACUUCUACUAAUGAACAACAACAACAAGAAGGAAAUAUCAAAUCUUCAUCGCCAGUAGCUGCUGUAGAAAAUGUUGAUCAUGUGGUGGAGGGUGUUGUUUCUGCCUUUGAAUUCCUCUACAAGCAAACAUUGGUUAAUUUGGGUGAUACCUUCUCUCGAUUUGUCUUUACGAGUGAAUACAAGGAAUAUUUGGCUUCAUUGGAGGCUCAGAAGGUUGUUACGGUGGAAAUUAUUGCUGCCUACGGAGAUGUUUAA